AUGGGUCACAGCAAAGUCUACUUCGACUCGUACGGUGACAGUCAGCCACCGCGGGAACUAGUCCGCUACUUGGGUCCAGAGAAUCUGAUGUACAACACCAAACGAAUUCAAGACUACGACGACCAGCCCAUAUCCACCUUAGUAUAUGCGAAUGAAGACUUUGACUCUGUGCGUUAUUUGAAACGUUACGGAUAUUUAGAGAAUGACAACACUACUUCGUUGGUAGACGGGGAAAUCUUAAAUGUGGCGAUAGAGACAUUUCAAGCUAAAUAUAAUCUCACAGUUGACGGGUCCAUGAACCCUGAAACAGAAGCAUUCAUGAAGAGACCGCGAUGCGGGAACAAAGACAAUCCUUUGCCGUAUAGAAUACUGAGCAACACCACAAAAUGGUUCAAUAAUAUAGUGACAUGGAACUGGUUGGGCAAACCACAAUACAUGCCGUUGGUUAACGCUGCUUUUGGCGUUUGGACGAGACACACUAAUCUCACGUUUUAUCGCUCGUUCUACGAUCCCAACAUUCCUAUAUCGUUGGAUUCUCUCCACGUCAUGUACGCUACUAGAUCGCCAUGUCCGUAUAAGUUCGACGGUCGUGGAUCGGUGUUGGCACAUGCCUUUUUCCCAGACAUCUUGAAAAACCAGACUGAUAUUCAUUUCGACGUCGAUGAAGACUGGGACAUGACUAUGAAUCUCCCGGCACUUGGAAAAACAUCGUUCUUCUCUGUUUUGGUUCACGAGAUCGGUCACGCGUUGGGUUUGAGCCAUUCAUCACAACGAGGCGCCGUGAUGAAUCCUUACUACGAAAUUCCACCGACCACCAAAAACAUGUUCGAACUCGAUCUCGCUAAGGACGAUAUUUACGGUAUCCAAUAUCUCUACGGUUAUCCCGUUCCUUCCACGACGACGACGACAACUACUACGACUACCACUACAUCGCGACCACCAACCGAUAGAGGAGUUUCGACUAACGACCUGUGUGAUUACAAAACCAAAUUACGUACAGUUUUGAUACUAAACAACAAGAUCUUCAUGUUUCACAACAAGAAGGUAUGGAUAGUAGAUAUGGACGAAACAGACGGUGAGCCGUCACAGUUCAACCGACCCAAAAUAACAACGCGGUGGUUACCGUUUCUGCCGCACGAUUUUGUAAACAUAACUGCCAUUUAUGAACGGCCUAAUGGUGAAAUAGCUUUGUUUACCAGAAAACAAGUGUACUUCAUUCAAUAUCCAAGUUUGAGUUUACUAGGUAAUACAGAUACUCAAGGUUUUCUCGGUUUUCCUGACAUUGAAGUGAAAUCUGCUGUAAACACCCAUAAAGGCUUAACGUACAUUCUGACCAACAACGAGCUGGUGUUUGAGGUGGAUGAGUGUAAACUGAAAGCGAAAUUGCUCGGAGCUUUUACUACCGUGUUUCCAGACCUGCCGAAACAAAUCACGAGCACAUUUCGAUACACUAACGGGAGGCUGUACUUUAUGACCGAAUCGCUUGUAUACGAGUACAAUGAAUUCUCAAAACGUGUAACUCGAACUGUACCAAGUCUGUUUGACGUGUUGCAAAUCAGUUGCAUGGAAGAUAGUAUCCUGAAACAAUUGCACGUUAUGGUAUCAAAGUUGUUACACCUCAGAUCUGACGCUUAA